UUGCAGAGUAGCAUCGAGAGAGAAAAUUUUCUGCAAAUUUGGAAUCUUAAAGUUAAGAAAAUUUAUUUUCUUCGAAAGGUGAAUCUAUUCCUCUGUCGUAUCGUCUAAAAGCUGAAUUUGAUUGGGGUAAUUUGGUCAAAGGAUGGAUAGGAUCAAUGGUCUAUCAGAUGAGAUAAUCUGCCACAUUCUAUCUUUCCUUCCGACAAAAGAGUCUGCUUUAACAUCUGUCCUGUCAAAACGAUGGCACCGCGAAUUUAAUCUCAAGGUUAAGGUGGUGUGGAAUCAGCCUUAGGGGAUGGCGAAGUACUUUGACAUUGAUGACAUACUUAUAGAGGAAGAGUUUGUACCGGUUUUAUUCCAUAAAACAGCAAACGGAGUGACUAUUGAUCCAAGUGCAGAAACAAAUUGUGCUGAACAAGGCUCUAAAGUUGAACUUCCCUUCUGGCUUGCUCAUGAGUUGCAUCUGAGGCAAGCUGUUACCAUAAACCUUCCUCCCUGUUUUGACCAAAAGACGAGGCUUGAAGUUCAGGCUGAUGCUGCAUACGUCGAUCUUAGAUCGCGAUGUCCAUACUUUUAUGAAUUUGGAUGCAAGAUAGAGCCACUGGUCACAGAUAGAACACUGGGGAUCUUGCUAUCGACUGCGUUUAAGAUCAGAUACAAAGAGGCACUGACAAAAGUAUACACAGCAGCUCACAUAACAGCUUCCAAGUACUUGUCGUUUUUAACAAAAGAAGAAACAAACUUGUAUGAAGCAGCUCACUUGUCGAUGACAGCCUUCAAGAAGUGGAGAACAGGUGGUCCUAGAUUCCAGAGAGCUUCAAUACUCGGAAGAAAACGCAAGGAUUCUAAUUAAGUUCCCUAAAACUCUUUAUCCUCAUCCUUACCAAGAGGGUGAUUGUGUUAUAUUAGUUAUAACAUGUCAAAAUGAUGCAAUGGCAACAUAUUAUGGUCUGAAUCAAAUUGCAAAUCCUUUUGUGUUAUGUUCUCUUCAGUAAACUCAAAAUCAUAUCCAGAUGGUGUUAUCAGUUAUGCCAUAUGAUCCAGUUACGUUCAAAAUUGAUC